AUGGCAAAUAUUACUGGUCAGACACAAAUCGCCAACUUAGACAUCGAAGAUGGUAGAUCCGGUGGUGGAUCCCGCUCACAAGAUUCUCCCCGCCCUCCUAUAUUCAUAUCCUUCGUUCAAAAGUUGUUUGGCGAGUUCGUGGGGACAUUCUCUCUGGUAUUUGCUGGCUGCUCGGCAAUCGUGGUAAAUGAUACGUACGGUAAACCGGUGACACUUCCUGGCAUAGCUUUGACAUGGGGUUUAACCGUAAUGGUGAUGACCUACUCAAUAGGUCAUAUCUCCGGUGCACAUUUCAACCCUGCUAUUACCAUUGCGCUUGCUUCUUCUAGAAAAUUUCCAUUAAAACAGGUUCCAGGGUAUAUUGCCGCUCAAGUUCUCGGAUCAACCUUAGCGAUAGAAUCUCUUCGGCUCUUGUUCAAUCUGAACAACAAUGGUUGUAGCCUCAAAGGCGCUAUUUAUGUGGGAACACACCCGUCAAGUUCUAACACAGCGUCGUUCGUAGUGGAAUUCAUCGCUACUUUCAACUUGUUGUUUGUUAUUUCGGCUGUAGCUACUGAUAAAAGAGCCAACAGAUCAUUUGCAGGUCUUGCAAUUGGUGCAACUGUAGUACUCGACAUCUUGUUCGGCGGGCCAAUUUCGGGAGCAUCAAUGAAUCCAGCAAGAAGCUUGGCCCCUGCAUAUAUAUGGGGAUGUUAUAAGGAUUUAUGGAUAUACAUAGUUGCACCUGUUGUCGGAGCAUUGACAGGUGCAUGGACUUAUAAUAUGUUACGGUCUACAAAUAAAUCAUUUGGUGAGAUAAUACGUCCAAAUUGCAAUAAAGAAGCAUCUCUAGAGGAAUUUUGUGUUCUUCAAAUGGUUGAUCCGAAUAACCGGAAAAUUUUCAUACUUUCAUCUCCCAUUGAUAUUAAUGACACAUGCAAUAUCACAUGCAAGUUGGCGUGAAAGACAGAUGUGUUGCAACAAUAAUUGAAUAAUAUUUGAUUGGUCAUCGUGAUUGUUGUCUUUUUGUUGUGUUUGGUGUCUAUUUGAGGUUUUCAUUUCGCGCGUUGAUGUAUUUGUGUGUAUUGAACUAGUUGUUUAUGUUAU